AUGUUCUGCAGGGAUCUCUGGUCUGCCUUGGUGGUUAAAGCUUUAAGUAGAUCGGUGUCGUACACCGCCAUGUCUCUCCGCCUCAAUGCCAUCUGGGCGAAGGCGGGGGGUAACCAAGUCACUUCGAUGAAGAAAGGCUACUUCCUAAUCAGGUUUACAAGCAGCCUAGCCUAUGAGCGAGCUAUCACCGACGGACCAUGGAUGAUCGGAUCGAGUUAUCUUACAGUACACAUGUGGGACAAAUACUUUGACCCGUACGAACACGAGAUAUCAUCCACAGUGGUUUGGGCACGCCUCCUGGAACUCCCGAUACAUUAUUUCCAUCAAGAUGCGGUGAUGAAAAUAGGGUGUCGCAUGGGCAAACCAAUCCGAAUAGACGCCGCCACGCGCACAAAGGCUCGAAGUGAUUAUGCGAGAGUGUGA